AUGCACCAGGACCGGUACGGAGCCGAGCUGCUGGCGGAGAAGCACGGCAUCGACACCUGCUUCGUGCACGCGAUCCGCCUGCUGGCGGAAGAAAUCGAAAAGUACGAGGGUGACGAAUUGAGGAAAGAUGGUGACAUAAAGAAAUACCUGGACAUCAUCAGUAACAAGAAUAUAAAGCUCUCUGAACGAGUUCUCAUCCCGGUCCAGCAGUACCCAAAGUUCAACUUCGUGGGGAAGCUGCUGGGGCCCCGGGGGAACUCCAUGAAGAGACUACAGGAGGAGACGGGCGUGAAGAUGUCCAUCCUGGGCAAAGGCUCCAUGAGGGAUAAAGGAAAGGAGGAGGAACUGAGGAAAAGCGGAGAAGCCAAGUUUGCCCAUCUGAGUCAUGACCUCCACGUGCUGAUCGAAGUCUUCGCCCCGCCGGGCGAGGCCUACUCUCGCAUGAGCCACGCGCUGGAGGAGAUCAAGAAGUUCCUGGUCCCGGACUACAACGACGAGAUCAGGCAGGAGCAGCUGAGAGAGCUGUCCUACUUGAACGGCUCUGAUGACGCCAGCAGAGGAAGAGGUGUCCAGGCCCGGAGCCUACGGCCGACUUCAACAACGCCUGCAAGGAGCCAUGGCGGUGUAGGAAGAGGGGCGGUGUCUUCUCGCGGGACAGCAGCGACACAUAGCACCCAUCCUCCGGCUAUUCUGUCCAGGGAAGUACAAGCUCCACGGACCAGGGGUGUAGCGGGGAAUCCAGGAUACCGGCCUCCACUUUUACCGAUCACACAUGACUCAUACGAGGACUACUCCUACGACGACGGAUAUGACGGAGAAUACGAUGACGAGAGUUACGAUGCAUAUGAGGACAGCUACAGUAAUCAGUCAAGAAGCAUUUCAGAAUAUUACGAAUAUGGGCAUGGAACCAGCGAUGAAGCCUACAGCAACUACGAGGAGGAGUGGACAACUACCCGUCCAAGCCUCAAAGCCCCAGCAUUACGACUGUCUAGAGGGGGCUACAGAGAGCAUCCCUAUGGUAGAUAUUGA